AUGGCAGACGAGGCCAAGGUGCUGUGCCUCUACGCCGGCGGGACCAUCGGCAUGGUGCGACAAGACGCCAACAGCGGCUUCGCCCCCUACCCGAGCUUCCUCACCGAGACGCUUCGCUCCCAGUCGCGCUUCCACGACCCCAGCGCCGACUCCAUCUUUAGCUGGAGCGACUCGGUAGACCGCUACAAGGCCUGGAGCGAGGCCUACACUCGACCCGCUAGCGGCACGGCCACGCCCAACAAGCGCAAGGCCCCACCCGUCACGGGCGACACGCUCGAGCAGGCCGCGCGCGCCAUCGGGCAGCAGGUCAACAAGCGGCCGCGCGACCAGGCUGACGGCACCCUGAGCCCAGCCACCCAGACCCACCUCGAACACCUCGCGGCAGACUCAUCGGCCCUUCCUGUUGUGCCUGGUGGCCCCGGCUCUGCUGCUGCGGCGGCGGCUGCUUCCGACACGGGCCAUGCCGGUGCACCUCCCUUUGGCCCGCCCGUCUGGGUCCGCUCCUCGGCACCAAAGGGGACCUCAACCCACCACGCCGUGUCGUCGCGCCUGUCGGAAGAUGGCAGCUGCCUCGAGCUCCAAAUCCCUACCCUCAUCACGCCCAGGGGUGCAAACGGCAAGAGGGUCCGCUAUGCGGUCCUCGAGUACGACCCGCUGCUCGACUCGAGCGAGAUGGACAUCCCCGACUGGAUCCGGCUCGCGACCGACAUCUCGCUCAACUACAAGAGCUUCGACUCCUUCAUCGUGCUGCACGGCACCGACACGAUGGCCUACACGUCGAGCGCGCUUUCGAUGCUGCUCGAGAACCUGGGCAAGUCGGUCAUCGUAACGGGCGCCCAGGUGCCGCUGUCGGAGCUGCGCAACGACGCCAUCGAAAACGUCCUGGGCGCCCUGAUGCUGGCCGGAUCCUACAUCAUCCCCGAGGUGGGCCUCUACUUUGCCUCGACCCUCUACCGCGGCAACCGCACCUCGAAGGUGUCCAACAACGCGCUGGCCGCGUUCGAUUCGCCCAACAUGGCACCCCUGGCCCGCGUCGGCAUCAAUAUCGAGGUCUCGUGGAACCUGGUGGAGCGCAGCAGGGUCCUCGAGCCCUUCCGCGCCCACAACCGCAUGUCGCCCAACGUGGCGCUGCUCCGCCUCUUUCCCGGCCUGCCUACCAGCACGGUGCGCACCUUUCUCUCGCCGCCGCUGCAGGGCGUCGUGCUCGAGUCGUACGGCGCCGGCAAUGCCCCCUCGCGGCCGGACCUGCUCGAAGUCUUCCGCGAGGCGAGCGCGCGCGGCGUCGUCAUUGUCAACAUUACCCAGUGCAUGCAGGGCGAGGUGUCGGCCAUCUACGCCGUGGGCAAGAAGCUCGAGGCCGUCGGCGUCGUCGCCGGCAGCGACAUGACGCCCGAGUGCGCGCUGGCCAAGCUGUCCUACCUCCUCGGCAAGCCCGAGCUCGAGCCCAACCAGGUCCGCGAACUCAUGGGUCGACCGCUCAGGGGCGAGCUGACGCCCAGCCGUCAGCCGGCCUCGAGCGCGGCGCCCACGUCGGUCAAGGGCCCCGAACCGAGUCCCGGCGUGACAAAGACGGACAUGAAGACGCUCCUCGCUCACAUCUUGCAGAACCCGUUCAAGGCGCAGAAUACGGCACUGUCCGGUCAGGGCGGCAGCGUGGCGAGGGCCGAGGCGGCGGCGGCGUGGGAUCGGUCCGAUCAGGAGGUGUCGGAGGCGGCUUCUUCGGUGCUCCCAUACCUAAUCUACGAAGCAGCGGCAUCCAACGACCUCUCUCUGCUGCAGUGGCACCUCUUCGCCCUCUCACAGCUGGAAUCGACCAUCCCGCCUCUAUCGAUGGACGAGCCCACACUGCACCUCGAUACAUCGAGCGCCACGACGACGACACACCACCACUCGACAUCGACGGUACCCCUGGAACGCCUCAGACCGCUGCACAUCGCUUCGUCCAAGGGCCACCUUGGGGCCGUACAGAUGCUCCUCGAGGCAGGGUGCAGCGUGCAUGCCCGCGACGACGUCUCGGGCCACUCGCCCCUCUUCCUCGCCGCCAAAAACGGCCACCUCGCCGUCGUACAGCUCCUCAAAAACGCUGGCGCACACCUCAAACAGGACGAGGUCGAGCUGGCUAGGUUCUGGAAGAGGCAGAGCCAACUUGCCGUCGAUGCCGUCGUCGUUGCUGAAUCUUGGAAGGUGGCGGGCCUCGAGGAGUGA